CAAUUUAGGAUGGCGGUGGGGAUCGGGAGGUCUACAUUCCCUUCAAUUCCCUUGACUGGCUCUCAGCUUCCCGCUGAAGGGGUGGUCAGAGGCGGGUCCUGCAGCAGAACCGGUCUGUCCGGUUUGCGGGGACCAGUGGGGAGGGACAAGCAGCCCCUCCCUCCGCUUGACCUCCCAGAGGCCGGACAAUCGAUCGAGUCUCCUCAGUCUGCUGGAGACCUGGGAAGCCGCUGUUUAUGUCUCGAAUUCGAAGGUCGUUUGGCGGACUUCUAACUAGGCGGCUGCUUUUGCCCUUGAGUUUGGGAUGGGGCAGGAGAUGGCCACUAUCUGUUGUUCUGGGGUCCCUGGAAAUUUGUUCUUCGGCCAGGACCCAGCUCGGGCAGGCCCAGCUCCUGAACCUAGGAGCACCGUCGCUGCCACUGCUGGCUUUCUUCACCUCUCACCUUCUGGCCCCUCUCCCAGUGUCCGAGUUGGAAAGUGCCCUGCAGAUGGAGCCGGCUGCGUUCCAGCCUUUGUACUCGGCUGAGAAGCCAAAGCUGGAUGAUGAGAAUCUUGUCUUCUUCUGUCAGAAGGGCAGGCGGGGCUUCCAGGCCACACAGCUGGCCCAGAGCCUUGGCUACACAGGGGCUCGAAACUAUGCUGGGGCCUAUCAGGAAUGGUUGGAGAAGGUGGGGUAGGCAGCAGGUCGCUCCCUCCCACGGAUAUCUUCACAAAGGACAAACGACAAUGAAACUGAGGUGACUCCUUGCAGUGCUUUGCACAUGAAUAUCAAAUAAAGAACAUUUUGUCGAAGUAUUGGAAGGUCUUAAUUUCAGGUGGACUGAAAAUAGUUCCACUUGUAUUAAUCUAGGCUUCAUUUCAGCCCUAGAUCAUUUAUCUUUGCAGCAUUCAUCUACCCCACUCUGAACCACCAGAUUUUAACAAUUUCUUGAGAUGCUGAAAUUCUAGAAGAGUUUUCUUUUUAGCCCAGGUUGCAUGUACUGGUUUGUAAAGUAGCUUCAAAACAAAGCAACCUUAGGCUGGGGAUAGUGGUGAGCUCUUUAGUCCCAGCCACUUGGGAGGUUGAGGCAGGAGG